AAACCGGCUACGUGGCAUAGCUGAGUGUUAACACAUGUAGCCAAGAUUGAAAAAUGUUUUAAGAGCAAGAGGAUAAAACGUUUGCAGGAAACUGUUCCCACAUUCCCAAACCUUACCAUUUUAGCAUGAAUCAACAAACCCUCAAAGACAAAUGCUCUUCCAAAAAAUGUCAGAGAGUUUUGUAAUCGAUUGUAUUAAGCCUACAAGUUGUUUAAAAAGAGUAAAAGAAGAGAAAAAGAGUGAGAGUGAGAGAGAGAGAGAGAGACGGAGAAAGAGAGUUAAAGAGAGAGCGUAUAGUUUUUGCUGGAUAUGUGCGUAACUAUUUAUUUAAUUCAUUCACCGGCAAGUCUUGGAAAAUGUUAAGCUGAGCAUCUUGCCAGGUAGCUCGUAGGAUGAGAGUGUAUCUCAAUUCCUUAACUCAAUUGAAACAGUUUAAAUAGCUGACUGGUGCAGAGAAGGGCAACAUUAGCAUUUAGACGUUCUAGGAGUAAAGAUUAAAAUCAAAAAAACAUCUUUCUCUAAGCGCACGUUAUGGCUUUAGGUACAGAAAAUUUGUCGUAUCAACAACAAUCCGUUCAACGUCAUCGUCAAUUGCAGCAUAAACAACAACAUCAUCAGCAUCAAGUUUUAAGAACGCGUAAUGCUUGCCAAAGAACUACAUUGUCGGCACCAUAUAGCAAAUCAACAAUAUAUUGCUCAUCAGGCACUACAUUGGAUUCGAAUAAUCCAGCUGUGAUACGGCGUAAUGCACGCGAACGUAAUCGCGUUAAGCAAGUUAAUAACGGUUUCUCCAAUUUACGUCAACACAUACCGAAUGCCAUUAUAGCCGAAGUUAGUAACGGUAGACGCGGUAUCGGACCCGGCGCCAAUAAGAAACUUAGUAAAGUUGAUACUUUACGCAUGGCUGCUGAAUACAUACGACGCCUUAAAAAUUUGAUUGAUGAGGUGGACAAUAGUGAUGCUUCCAGUGUCAGCUCAUAUGGUAUUUCCAUAUAUGCCUCCUCGUCAUAUGUUGGUAAUUCACCAUUGCAUUCAGCUUUACAAACUAAUAAUUAUUAUCAGCAAACAUCAAGUGAACCAUCUACAUGUUAUACCAUCAGUUAUAUUGGAAGUUUUCAGCAAGAGCAAGAACAAGAGCAGCAGCAUCAACAUCAACAGCUAAUCUCACCGUCCAAUUCAACUACGUCAUCCACAUAUUCGACAGAUACUUAUGAUCGGCAACGAGGCAUUAACGAUCAGCAUCAAUCUUUUAACUCUUCGUUAAACUCAACACCUGUCAAAUCUGAACAGUUAUAUGAUGAUUGCAACAACAACAACAAUAACAAUAACAACAACAGCAAUAUUAAUACAGUUGACGAUGAAGAACUUCUGGAUUAUAUAUCUCUGUGGCAGGAUGAGUAAAUCCCGAUGGACUGUUAAUGGAAUGCUUUUGAUAAUCUAGUCUUUUCAUAAUUUACUCAUGCAUACAUACUUACACAUAUAUACAUGUAUAUAUAUACAUAUGCAUGCACAUCACAAAACAACCAAACAUUGAGUGAAAAAAGUAUUAUUAAUUUUUAAUGAAUAUUUAAAGAGAACAAAAAAAAAAAAAAACAAAAGAAAAAAAUAACAAAAACAACAAAUUUCUACCUCGCUAAACACGAACUGAAUGUACAAAGCAUUGUAGUUAUGUAAUAGUAAUUUUUUG